AUAAUCGGACAGUUACCUGAAUGUGCAUCCCUCACUUUGACCUUUCUGCUUGCUCAGUGCUACCAUCAGCAAGUCACAUAUUUUCGUCUUCCGAUUUUCUUGGGCAGGUGGGAUAGAAACCCAAAGGAAACCUGCAGUUUGCAAUUGUAUGCCUCCAAAGAGUGCAUCCAGAAAAUUAGUCCUAAUAUGUGAGUCAGACGUAAUCAUCUCUGUCUUUAUCCUGUUCCCAAUGUCCUCAUUCAAUCUCAGCAGCUUGGGUUGAGCUCUGUGCCUUCAAGACAAGGAUGGUUCCAAACUGGAAGCGGAAUACUUGUAAUGCUGGAAAUAUAUGGGUAUUUGUCGCCUUUCCUUGUGUCCUCAAAUCCUGAGGUAUAACCGGGACUGGGGUAGAUGGCAGUGAGUUGGGACCCCGGCCGAGUGCGGCUGUAAGGUUCUGCUUGUCGCUCGAUGCGAGGAACAUCGGCACAAGCGAACUGCCAACAGGAGAUUUCUCUCGCACUGUGAGGUGAGGGUGGAUGUGGGUGUGCUCGCCAUCCUGCUGCGGUCUCCCUGCUGUGUUUGAUCCCCGCCCCCUUCAGGCGCUGCUCUGACUCUCCGACUUGUCAACCAGAGAGGCGUGCAGCGAGCUGAAGCCAGUGUCCUCUGCGGCUCCUCACGCACUUGGCCUUGAGUGGGAAAGGAAGAGGAAGACUCCGGGCUUCUCGGAACGUUCGCUUGAAGUCGGGCUUCGGGUCGGGACGGGGAGGAAGCGUGCAGGAGCUGUCUGAUCCAGGCAGCUGGGCCUUGUGCUUGUGUUUCUGGCAGAGGGACUCCCUGGAGUUUAUCCGUGUCAGUUUGCACGGUGCAAGGCGCGGACUUGCUGCUGGAAGGGAGGGAAGCCGCCGAAAUUCAGCCUUUCCCCCGGCUCCCUGGACACCCCACCUCGUCCCAUCUGCAUUUCUGCGGCCGAGAUCUGUAUCCGGGACCAUUGAUGCACCCUUUCCAGUGGUGUAACGGAUGUUUCUGUGGCUUGGGGUUGAUUUACUCGAAUAAAUCGUGCACAAUGCCACCAAUAACCUUUCAGGAUCUUCCAUUGAACAUCUACAUGGUUAUAUUCGGUACUGGAAUUUUUGUCUUCGUGCUGAGUCUGAUAUUCUGCUGUUAUUUUAUCAGUAAACUCCGACACCAAGCGCACAAUGAGAAAUACGGAUACAAAGAGGUUAUAACAAGAGGUGAUGCUAAAAAGCUGAAUUUACAUGGGACAUGCGCUGUGUGCCUUGAGGAUUUCAAGAUUAAAGAGGAGUUGGGAGUGUUACCAUGUCAACAUGCCUUUCACAGAAAAUGCUUGGUGAAAUGGCUGGAAAUUCGCUGUGUCUGUCCAAUGUGUAACAAACCUAUUGCUGGAGCACCUGAGCAACAGCAAGCAAUUGGCACACUCCUGGAUGAACUUGUUUGAUGCAUUUUAAACUUCAUACUGACAGCAGAAUCUCGGAAUAGCCAAGAAUCAAGAGUUUUCUGGAUUUUUUUUUUAAAUUGUGAUUGACUGCUGAUGAAGCCAGUGAGAGUGUGAGAGGUUCUGAGCUGAAGAGUGCCACAGCAAUGAUGUGGCUGGAGUAAACAUUGGCAUUGUGUAUGAUUGGGAAACCUGUCUUCUGAAAGCCCCUUCAACACAUCUGCUGAGGAACAGAGCAACUUCCAGACUUGCCGCUCAGGUCUGAGUUCCUUCAUACUCAACAGCAUUGUGCUUGGUUGAUCAGGGCAUUGCUGAGCCAUACAAACCAGAUGGUUCCCCCCUCCCGUUCAUGAUCUGUGGUAACCUGGCAGAUCUCAUCUGGUCCAAAAUCUCGGGCUGCUGAAAUUGGGCACUGCCACCCAAUGAGAGAGGGCUCACACUUUUUGAUGGGUAUUCUAUCAUCCCCAAAGAUAUUGGUGAAAGUGUGGACAGGCAGAUCUGUCAUGCCCUCCAGAGCUAGAAAUUGUGCCAAGUCUGAUUUUCGUUCCAAGUGGAGAACUGGCCCUCUGCAUGUGUCAUAAGUUACCAUGCAACAGCCAUGUGAAAUUGAACCUCAUUGUGAAUUGGGUUUUCAGAGGAAAUGGGAAACAUUUGCUUAGAGGCCCAAGUGCUGAACUGUUCUCAAACCAGCCAAAAUCAAUAUAGAUAGACUUGCACUGGGGCGCACUGUACUUCUAAAACCCUGCUACAUGGAUGCUCAUUCAUCCACCCUUCUGCAUACAGAUUGGAAAUUCACCUGAAAUAUACCCAUUCACAUGGAGUCAAACUCUGUGGAUCCAGCGAAUCUGUGUUUCUCUGACGAUAAUUAUCCAGGAAUACUGUCACAGCAUUACAGGUUCCCAUAUCUGUGAGCUCUGAUGGGCCAGAGGAAAAUUUUUGUUACCCAUUCACUCAAUUUAAUCAUGUGUGUUGAGCUGUUGUCAAAAGUCAUGCAAUAUUGCAGAACUACAUGGAGCCUGAUGAUUCAGAAAUAAGCCAUCACCAGCUCACCCUUUGAACUAAAGACGUAUCUCCCUUCUCUAAACUUUUUCCAAUAAACUGACCAUCAAGCAACAAGGGACAUUGAGUUAAAGGUCUCAGUCCAAGACUGUUUCAGGGAAUGGAGCUGUUAUACUGGUGUGUCUGGAAGUGCUACUCUGGGCUCAGGAUGGGAACAUGCUGUUAGAAUAGAACUGACAGAGAGUUUCACUUUGCAGUUCACUGCAACAUGGGACUCUGUGAGGGUUCUCUGAUUAUCGUGCUAAAUAUUGCACGUUUUUGUUAUUUACUGGGCACGACUGUUUUUGUACAGAUUUUAACUAAGUGCUUUGAAUCCAUUCCUUCCUUUAAGAAGGAUUUUCUUUUAUUGUAAAAUACUUUUAAUAAAAAUAUGCCUUCACCG